UCCAGUCGGGAGCAUAGCCUCGCGGGGAGGCGAACGAAGCGCCGCCAAGCACUUUCUCUUACGGACAAGCCGUAUCAAACUCCCAUCUUCAAGAACAAUAAAGCCACCGACACAACCGCUCAAGCCGACAACACAAACACCACUUCUACAACACUCUCGAUACUUUCUAGAUAGAUUCUAGGAAUUAUUCUCUACCGUGACGAGAAAUUCAAAGUCAAGAUGUCGUCGUCUCCAGAGCUCUCUCCAAUGGCGCUCUCCCCCACCUCUCCCACCUCGCCACCCGAAUCAAGACCAACAUCUCGAGCUUCUCGAAAGAGCAACAUGUCCAUCGACCUCUCCAACAUCCCGCCUCUAAUCCAACCCACGCCCCCCUCCAACACCCUCCUAAUAACCAACCUCCAAGACGCCUCGAUCUUCCGCGCCGACAACCUCCAAACAAUCAAAGACCUCAUCAACGCCUCCGCACCCAUCCACUCCUGGGCCCCGCUCAAAUCCUUCCGCCGCAUCGUCGUCUCCUUCUUCAGCGAAGACUCCGCCAUCCGCAUCCGCCAGAUCCUCGACGGCGAAGCCAUCAUGGGCGAGCGCGUCAAAGUCUACUUCGGCCAGCCGACCUCCAUCGAGACGAAAGACGAGCACCUCCCGCUCCCUGACGCCGGCAAGCUGUUCUUCAUCUCGCCCCCUCCGUCGCCUCCUCACGGUUGGGAAAUGAAGCUGGAAGACGCGCCCAACAAGCAGGUCCACGCCGAGGAUCUGGCGGAGGCGUUGGCGAAGCUGCAUGCGAAGCCGAAUACGGAUUUACCUGCGAGUCCCGUCUCUGCUGUGUCGGACGGCGGCAGACAGAGGAGCGGGAGCGCGACGACGAUUUAUAAUCCGAGUGAGCAUGGGUUUAGUCCUAAUUUGCCGGCGAUCUCGGUGGAGGAUUUGACGAUGGGGGAGAAUGAGAUUAGUCCGAUUGAGAGCGAGAAGCCGAUUUUGGCGCAUACUUCGAGACCGCCGGUGGAGUUGAUGGAGCGGUAGAGGUCUUACUUUUGGGGCAUAGCAUGGCGUUUUGGCGUGGUAACAGAUGAGUGAGCUCUGCGGUUGCAUUGAGCUGUUUUUGUGUGUGCUGGCGUUAGACAGAGAAGGCGCAAGCAUGUGUUGUAUUAGAUUCUCCUGAGCUGUACCAUACGCUCGUUGUAGUUAUACCAGAAUUCAUUGCAUAAGACACAUUUCAUCUUCCAUAUACUGCCAGCAUCAGUCCACGAAUGUCGGUCACGGUUCAAGGAACGUGUUUUGGUAGUUGCAAAACCAACAGUCUAACUCCCAAUACUCACAGAAUUAUUAUUGAAUCAGAGUUGCCAACGGGCUUAUC